AGUAAGUGGUGGUGUGAUGAGCGACUCCAUGUUGGGCUGCAGCAGCAGGACACCAGGCCCCGAAGGUGCUGCUGGCUGAGGAUCCGAGAGCGACCAGCAGCGGGCAGCUCGGCUGCCGCACUCCGCCCGCACCUGCCGACUGCUCUCUCGGGGUCAUGCGAGUCGGCAGGGCCCUCUAGCUCCGGCCAGCAGCAGACACGGCGGUCGCCCGCCUCGCGAUCAAUGGCGGCGGCCACCACUGGCGGUGUGCUGCUGUAGCCAGCACCGAGAAUCGGCGACAGUGCAUCGGCCUGGCAGAUUAUGUUGAGCAGUCGACGGCGAGGACCCUAGUGGGCCCAUGACGAGCAAGCAACACACCCUGCACCAGCACUCCUUCUCACAGGAACGGCGCUCGCCCCAACAAGAUGUAGAGCCAAGAGGAGUCAUCAAGCGACCUUUCAAGCUCUGGGAUAUUUGGCGGAAUGUGCGGAAGGCUUUGGUGGUCAGCACUUUUGAGGAACUUGUAGCUCGAGGCAAGGAGAAGCUGAAUGUGCCGCCCGGAGAACCAGUGCGCCUGCUGCUCGAGUCCGACGGUACGCAAGUCGAGGACGGCGAGUACUUCCGCACCCUUCCCAACAACACGGUCCUUUUGUUGUUGCGACCUGGCGAGCGCUGGCACCCGGCCGGAGUUGACGUGAUUCGAGCAGCAAUCUCUGCAAUCCCGCGCAUCGUAUGCGAGACGAUCCAUUCGCUUGAGUUGCACGAUGAAACUCCCUCGUGGAAGAUCAUGGACAACAAGGGUCGAGUCACUGUGGUGCUGCACUGGGAUCAACGCCAUCAAGACAAACAGGCACCCAAAGGUAAUGAGGCUCGCAGCCCCAACAAGAGGGUAGCAGGUGAGCGACCUUCGCUCGUCAUCCAGACCAGUCUGGAUAAGCUUGGUGUGCACACCUCGGUAAACAGGGAGACUGGCAAGAAGGAAACUCUCAUCAACGAUGUGUACCCGUCACGCUACAGCCCGCAGAUAACUGUGAUAAACCAUGACGAUGUUCAGAGCAAGUACCAGCGGCUGGUGCGUCAGGGUAGCUCCUCAUUCGAGGGCGCGGUGCACGUGCACACGCCCGAGUGCGCCAACCACCUGCACCAGCCCCGCAGCGGCAGCCCGGCCAACGGAGACGCCAUCGAGUGCGACUUCCAUUGCUGCGCCCUCCACGAGGAAGGUCGCAAGAUUCAGGUGCACAAAAGCGUGGCGACGUCGCCCAUCCAGGAUCCGAGCGGGCAGUCGGGCAUGCAGGACGGCCGCAGGACGGGCGCCCUGCCCAAAGGGACGCACGUGCGCUUCCUGGACACGACCGAGAAUCAGUACCACGCGCCGCACAACAUCAUCAGCGCCGGCGACAGUUCGGAGAGUGAAACUGAAAACACCGUGCUCGAGGAGGAAGGCACCACAUCCGAGAAAUUCCUGCUGCUCAUCGACCAGCUUUCGGUCGACCAAAAGAGACAUCUCACUAUUAAAGAUAUUGGAAUAAUCCUGGAGCGACUCAACUCGAAGAUCCUGGAUGUGGAGCGUCUGGACCGCGAGAGCGAGAGCGACGACUGCUACAACUGGACGAUAAAGGCAACGAUCAGGGGCGAGGUGUUGCGCGAGCUCGGGGUCAUCUACAACGGCAACUACUACGCCAUCUGCGAGCACCCUGGCUACAAAGAGGACGAGCAGCGCGACGAAGAGAUUGAAGAGGAGGAAGAGGAGGAUCGACUCUAGCCCAGGAUGAGCCCCCCGGGGCCCUGCUGUGCCUGCUGUUGUUGUGAGCCAGAGGAGGGGCCCUUCUAAGCCAGCGGCACCUGCCACUCUCUCAGUCAGUCAAGGACGCACCAACGAAGGGACGUGCUAAUGCCCUUCCUGUGACACGGGACAUUCAUUCUAAACACACAAACACACUUACACACACACACUAAUUGCUGUGUCUCUCAAUACACACAGUACACACACUCACACCUGCGCUUCUCAUUAUCCCAAAAGAAUGAUGAGGACAUAAUUUAAAUGAAAUAUUUAAAAAAAAAUCAGCUCCCCCCGACUCCCUCCCUCAUUGUUAGACUGCUAAAGAGCGCUAAAAGAAAAGAAAUUAUUAUAAAAAACAAAUGUCCCUCGCGCACGUUUACACGUUUUGAGAAAUUAUAAUUACAUACAUACGCAAAGAAAGAACAAGACACACAGACAAAGAAUCGAUCUAUAUUUGAUUGAGCUUUCGCACAAUCAGCCUAAAUCGAUGAAGAAAAAAAAUAAUAAUGUUAAUAAUUGAUUGCCGCAGUUUAGGUCAUUGUCAAAAAAACGUUUUAAAAGCCACACAAAAUUGCUAAUUAAGGAGCAUCUCCGAGGCCACUCUUCCCAGAUUCUAUAUAAAUUAUACGCCCCAUAUAACAGAAUUGUGUGUGUUUUGGUUGCAUUGUUUGUGAUUAAAUUUGCUUUUUAUUAAAAGUAAAUAGUGCCAAGAACUUGAAGAAUUUUACAAAAGGCUUUAAAACUGUUUUGAAUUUUAAGGCCUCCUUAUUAACAUGGUCAAAUCAAGUCUUUUCAACAAUAGGAAACAUUGUUAUCAAUAUUUGGAAAAUUUAACGACCAUUGUUGUAAAGACUUACUUGAUUUGACUAUGUCAAUAAGGAGUCCUUAAAUACAAUAUAUAUUCGUUUUAUCAAAUGCAUGGUGCCAAAUAUUAAAUUUUAAUAUAUUCCAGCAAAUUUUUCCUUUACAAAUUUUCAUGGCUCUUUUUUUGCUAUAGAAGAUUCUAUUGAUAUAAAUGAUAAUUAUUUAAUUGCUAGUCCAAUCAAGUAAAUUUUACCAGAUAUAUAUGGAAAGAAUUAAUUUCGGCCGCCCUGUUUUGGCUGGCAUAUAAUCGCGUCUCACCUGCCCCAUAAAUAACGAUCGCACAAUUGGUCAGACUUAUCAUUAAGUAAUUUGCUGAUGAGAAAAUAAAUUACUAGGCCCCCUAAGAGGUUUAAGCAAGGGCAUCUCUCAUAUAGUUGGAAAAAAAAUCAAGUAAAACGCAAUUAAUUAAUGAAAGAAUUCUUCUCAGAACAAACACACGCAAACAAACAACCGAAUGACAAAUUAAGUAAGAGGAAAUUAAUUGAGAAAAACGAGCGUUACAUUAUGAUGUGAGGACGAGAGUUUUCUCUUGAAAAAAACAAAAAGCAUAAAAAGCUGUCGCCCCCAGCACAUUCACGAAACAGAGCCUUUGGUGCUGUCCUAAAUUGCUCAAGCAGUGAUAAACAAGAAUUAUUUAAUUUGUAAAACACUUACACACGUUCAACAGAAGAAACAAACAAACAAAUAUUACCGUGUGGUGGCGACCGGUUGGUUUUCAGUGCAUCUGAGACUUUGCGAGAAGAAAUCGAACAGCCGUUUGGAAGAGUGAAUUUGAAAAAAACUUUCCUCUCUGAAGCCAAUUUCGUGGGAGCCACUAACGAAAAACGCGGCUUUAAAGAAGAAGAAGAAGAAGAAUUAAGAGACAUUGGUUUUUGGCGGACAGAGCAAGGAAUCCUGCGAAUUUUGAAGAAUAUAAAAUCCAAGUUGCGAUCCAAUGAGACACUACCAUUUGAAUAACAGAAAAAAAAGAAUAAAAAGCUAUGUACUUGUACGUGCGUGAACGUGGGUUGAAAAAUUACAAAAAGAGGGAUGUGAAAUUAAAUAAAUCCAUACAAAAAAUAAUAACAGAGAGAUCUACUCAAAAGCGUGUGAAUGCGGAAAAAUUAUGCGUGUACCAAGAGAGUGCUGUGCUAUUUUUUAACAAGAAAGAACACGUGGAAAACAAAAUGAAGAAGUCAUGACGAUGAACAUGCACAUUCCAGUUGAAGAACAAAAUAUACUUAAUUGUACGCACAUCAGUGGCAGGUGCAGCGCAAUAUCAAAUAACUUUGCGGUGCUGACACGUUAUUGCUAUAUAAAAUAAUCUUUUAAAAAACUUCAAUUUUGGGGUUCACAAAAUUACCUGAAGAUCCAAAAUCACCGAAACUUCCAAACGUCCCCCGUCAACUUUUGACUACUUUCAAAUUUCAAGAAGCUUCCCCUAUUACAAAAAUCACAAAAUAAUUGAAGUUUUAUUUUGACAAAUAUCUCCAUUUUACAAUUAACUUAGCCCUAUUGAUGAGUUUGAAAUUUACCGCAGUUUCAGACAAUUUUUGCCAGAGAAUCGACAGUUUCUCAUUUGUUGGGAGGAACGAGAUUCUCAGUUGAUUUUUGUGUGCCAAUUUUCUUGAUUAAAUUUCGUGUGCCAAAUUCUCUCCAAAAAACACCGCUCAAAGUUUCUACUGUUAAAAUUGAUGGUGCCAAAAACAUUUUUUAAGAACCACUUUUUGCGGCAAGCGCUCGAAGUUUUGCGAUUUAAAAUAUAUAUUACAUUGCUGCUGCACCCGCCAUUGAUGUGCAACUUGCAUCUUGCUCAUUUUCCGGGCAAGUAGAAUAAAUCUCAAAGCAAUCAUGUGUCCUCCAAGUACGGAGCCGAAAAAUACCUAUUGCAGUUUACUUAUUAUAAUUACGUUAAGAGGGAUCCUUCUCUGUGGACAGGUUUGGUGUUCCUAUGGCUUUAGUGUAUGUUUCAAUCUCUCCAUUCCGUACUAUUGAUUGAUCAGCACCCCUAAUUAAUCUAAAAGAUGCUCCGAAUCCUAUUUGAGACUUCGAACGAGAGUACCUUGAAAACAAAACGGAGCCGCUGAAAAAGUAAAUUUAUAUAUAUUAAAAAAAGUCUUGUUGAAAUUUUUAAGGCUUCCGAAAUUUUUAACUUUUGAGAGAAUGAAAUCUCGAAUAGGGUGGAGAGAAAUCUUUUGGCUGCGUUAAAAGAAAGGAAAUUUGGAGAGCUCGAUCGCUCCUACGGAGUAACUUUUGCCAAAUAACGCUUGCUGUUGCCAACAAGAAAAUUUUGAGAUGAGCCUUUUGUCGGCGAAAAACUCCCUUGAGCGUACCUUAGUUUGGAAUUCCUCUCGCAAUGCCGGUCAAUUUGUGGCAUAGCCUAAUUAAAAGUAACGACUAAUAGUUGUAAUUAAUACGAAAAUCGCCCCGAAAUGACCGGUUUUGCGAUUUGGUCACUCGACUCGGCCGCCUCCGGAAAAACAGACUGGCCAAGUCCGUUGGCGGCAGAGUCCAAGAUAAAAACAUGGUCGGGCCCUUUUUGGAGUAAAUUAUAUAUUCUUUAUUGUAGACGAAAAAGACAAAGCCGCUUAUGGAGCGGUCCCUCUCUAACUCUCGUAAAAAAAAAACAGAUUUUGAUAUAAUCGGAUGAUAUAAUCAAGCAACGGGGUUUUGAGUUUUAGCCGAAAAAUGUUAUCGAGAUGAAAUUAUAAAAUUUACGACGCGAUUUAUUUUAACACUAUUACAAAAAAGAAAGAAAAUGAAAAACUAUAGAGACGAAAAUAUAUCUCGUGUUUUAAAAUUAACAUGUUGGAGAUUAUUUUGUUGACACUUCAGCAUUUAUUGUAUGGUACAUUGUACGAGGGAAAAGAGAACAGAACCUCACACGAACUCUCACUAAUGCGCGUGGGAAAAUAAUUUUUUGAUAUUUCUAUCAAUUUUGUUGUACACAUUGAGGAUACUAUUAUUAUAGAUAUUAUAUUAUAAAAAAAUGAAUGAAAAAACGUGGAAAUUUAUAAUAAAAAACAUGAAGAAAUGGUGCCAAAGAGCAAGAGGGAAAAUGGAAGAAAAAUAUUAGAGCAUCACACUCGCAUCAAGUUGAUGAUGGAGAAUAAAAAAAAAAUGAUAAAAUGUGGCGUCUCUUUCCGGUGUUACUAAAUCAUUAUUGACAUUCAGUGGAAAAUCGUGAAGAAAAAUCAUUCUCAGUUGGGAGCAGUGACGGUUAUGAAAUUGUUCCGUUAGCAGCUCACUCUCACUGCCCAUGUUAAACGUCGUUAUUUACAUUGCAUACCAAGAAUCACAUUAAUUAAAAUAAAUAUGCUAAAAUUUAGCAACGAGAUUUUUAUU